AUGGCUUUGCUCCUCUGUUCCCUCUUCGUCGUCGUCUUCUUCUUCUUCUUCGUCGCCGGCGAAGCCGUAGUUUCAGAUCCGACCGUCAAAACUUACAUUUUCCGAGUAGAUGCUCAAUCUAAACCAUCGAUUUUCCCCACUCACUACCAUUGGUACACCUCUGAGUUCACUGAAUCGGCCACGAUCCUUCAUGUGUACGACACCGUCUUCAGGGGAUUCUCAGCUUCUCUCACUUCCUCACAGGCUUCCGUUUUGGGAAAGAAUCCAUCUGUACUCGCGGUGUUUGAAGAUCGGCGGCGUGAGCUUCACACUACUCGUUCGCCACAGUUUGUUGGGCUGAGGAACCAGAGAGGUUUAUGGUCCGAAUCGGAUUAUGGUUCUGAUGUUAUUAUUGGCGUAUUUGAUACCGGAAUUUGGCCGGAGCGACGGAGCUUCUCCGAUCUGAACCUUGGACCUGUUCCGAAGCGGUGGAAAGGCGUUUGCCAGACAGGAGGAAGAUUCACAUCGAGGAACUGUAAUAGGAAGAUAGUUGGAGCUCGAUUCUUCUCCAAAGGACAUGAAGCUGCUGGUGGAAUGGGAGGCGGUAUUGGAUUCGGUGGCGCGAUUAACGAUACGGUUGAGUUCCGAUCUCCGAGAGACGCCGACGGCCACGGUACACACACGGCGUCAACAGCCGCCGGAAGGUAUGUAUUUAAAGCUAGUAUGGCCGGUUACGCCGCCGGAAUAGCUAAAGGUGUUGCUCCCAAAGCUAGAUUGGCGGUUUAUAAAGUUUGUUGGAAAGGUUCUGGUUGUUUCGAUUCAGAUAUCCUUGCGGCGUUUGACGCUGCCGUGAACGACGGCGUUGAUGUUAUCUCUAUCUCAAUCGGAGGCGGCGACGGCAUUUCUUCACCGUAUUAUCUCGAUCCAAUUGCAAUUGGAGCCUACGGCGCUGUUUCUAGAGGAGUUUUUGUUUCGUCCUCCGCCGGAAACGACGGUCCUAACGGAAUGUCUGUCACUAACCUAGCUCCAUGGCUGACCACCGUCGGAGCUGGUACAAUUGACAGAAACUUUCCUGCGGAAGUUAUCCUCGGCGACGGACGGAAGCUCGCAGGUGUAUCGCUAUAUUCUGGACCCGCAAUCAGCGGAAAAAAAUAUCCUCUAGUUUAUCCUGGAAAAUCCGGAAUUUUAUCUGCUUCAUUGUGUAUGGACAAUGCAUUGGAUCCUAACCUAGUCAAGGGUAAAAUAGUAAUUUGCGAUCGAGGUAGUAGUCCAAGGGUGGCCAAGGGUUUGGUGGUGAAGAAAGCCGGCGGUGUCGGAAUGAUUCUAUCUAACGGAGUUUCUAACGGCGAAGGUCUCGUUGGCGACGCUCAUCUUAUUCCGGCUUGCUCCGUUGGUUCCGACGAAGGUGAUGUAAUCAAAGCUUACGCCGCCACCGGCCGUGCUACUGCUACGAUUAAUUUCAAAGGAACGGUGCUCGGAAUUAAACCUGCACCGGUGGUGGCUUCAUUUUCCGGCAGAGGGCCUAACGGGAUGAACCCAGAGAUUCUAAAACCGGAUUUGAUUGCUCCCGGAGUUAACAUUUUAGCUGCUUGGACCGACGCUGUCGGUCCGACGGGGUUAGAUUCCGAUGGUCGGAAAACUGAAUUUAAUAUACUUUCGGGAACUUCAAUGUCAUGUCCACACGUGAGCGGCGCUGCUGCUUUGUUGAAAUCCGCCCACCCUGAUUGGUCACCGGCGGCAAUAAAGUCCGCCAUCAUGACCACAGCAAGUACCGUCAAUAAACAGCUGCAACCCAUGACUGAUGAAUCCACCGGAAACGCCACAACACCUUAUGAUUUUGGUGCUGGUCAUUUAAACCUUGAUCUCGCCAUGGAUCCAGGUCUUGUUUAUGAUCUCACCAAUGAAGAUUACGUCAGUUUCUUAUGCUCAAUUGGCUACGGACCGAAGACAAUUCAGGUGAUUACUCGAUCACCGGCGGCUUGUCCGAUGAGACGGAAACCAGUGCCGGAAAACCUGAAUUACCCAUCUAUUGCUGCGAUGUUCUCCACCGGAAAAAAGGGGGUUUUGUCCAAGACUAUGGUUCGGAGGGUGAGGAACGUCGGUGACGUGAACUCCGUUUACACCGUGAAGGUGGAGGCACCAAAGGAUGUGACGGUGGUGGUGCGUCCCGGAAAGUUGGUUUUCUCCGACAAAGUAAGGGAGUUGAGUUACUACGUGACGGUGAAGAUUGAUCGGAGCAAUCUUGUGAUGGGUAUCUCCGGCGCGAUAUUCGGGUCAGUUUCAUGGGUUGAUGGAAAACAUGUGGUUCGAAGCCCACUAGUUGUGACCCAAUUAGAUGCACUGUGAUUUGUUUGUUUUAAUUCUAAUCGCGUGGUGGUGUUUUCGCCGGAAAACUAAUCCGUUGUAGGGUGAGUAGGUGGCGAGUUGCCGGAGAGUUUGACCGGAGAAAAUAGAUUCUCCGCUAGGUGCAGUGUGUUUCUGUUUUUAAGGGUCGACUUUUAUUUUUCUUUUUUCUUUUUGGGUUUGUUUUUAUUUUUCUUUGGUUUUUUGAAAAUUAUGUAAAAUAUAAUUAUAUGGUUUGGAUCUCUCAUCGCAAAAUUCCAAGAAAAGAAAACGGAAAAAAUGAUAACGAUUAUUUCGUAUAGU